AGCUUGUCAUUCUGUCACGCGCGCGGCCGACGCGACCGUGACAUCCCACACAUGUGACGCUGUGACCAGACCCGUCCCGCGGCCUGGGACGUCCCCCAUACCAGCAAUAAUUAAUGCCAAGCAGCAACGGACUCCCUCCACGUUCGCAUCUAUUGCGGCGGUGAGCGUUUGAAGGAGCUUGGUAUCGAGAAACAGGUAGACGACGAGAUAGGAACAGUCAUGGUCACUGGCAAUGCAUGGAUUCCCAGUGUCGCAGGACAGCGAUCCAUGAUAAUCUUGAAGGAAACGGCGCGGGCUACAAGGACAAUCAUGCGUGUCCUAAUUCUCAUUGAUGGGAACCUCACCAAUGACUACACGAAUCACGCGAACUCUGUCUUGGCCAGAUGUCAGGGUGCAGAGACCAAUGACGGAUACCUCAGGCACUUCCAAUCCGCCAACAUUCAACUGACCGACGACGACACUAUCGUUGAACCAGGAUCCAAUAUAGACUCGGACACGGGCUCUAUCUGUAUCACCUCCACACGAAUGGAGCGCUGGAAAAAGACGGAAUAUCGGUCGUGGAGCGAGAAGGGCUAUGACGCGAAUCAGUUCAACCCCAGGUACCCGCCGGUUCUUCAUGAGAAGGACAAGAAGGACGGUGGGCACAACGUACGCUGCACGUUGCUCCUACUGCAUUUGCAGCUUCGGAGAUCGUACCGACAAGGAGGUCGGCGAUAUGGAGAUCUUCAUGCCGGUCGGCGAAGAUCCCCAUCCAGUCCUGACGUUCCGCUUCCGGUACAGGCCAGAAG